AUGAUGAUUGCCCCUGAACCUUCUCUAGCCGCUAAGAAUCUCACCUUGAACCCUUUUGAUGAUGAUGAUUGUGAUGAGGUUGAGAAGAGAUUCACUACUUCGUCUAAACCCUCUUUGAAUCUGGAUGCAAAGAGGAGCCGGUACAGGAACGGUUUCCGUGAUUCUGGAGGUGUUGAGAACCAGAGUGUUCAGGAACUUGAGAGCUACGCUGUGUACAAGUCUCGGGAAACAACCAAAACCGUCCAAGGGUGUCUGAAAGUAGCGCAGGGGAUUAGAUCAGAUGCUACCAGGACUCUGGUCAUGUUGAAUGAGCAAGGCGAGAAGAUCACAAGGACACACCAGAAGACUGUUGACAUCGAUCAUGAUCUCAGUCGGGGUGAGAAACUUCUUGGAAGCCUCGGUGGCAUUUUUUCAAGGACUUGGAAGUCAAAGAAGUCUCGUUCCAUAACCGGUCCAGUCAUGACUAGAGGUGAAUCCCCAAAGAGAAGAGUUAAUCACUUAGAGACCAGAGAAAAGCUGGGGUUGAACCAUUUUCCUAAACCACAAUCAAGAACCCAUGAACCUCUCCCUGAAUCCCCUGAUGCCUAUCAGAAACUAGAGGUGGAGAAAGCAAAGCAGGACGAUGGACUUGCAGAUUUGAGUGAUCUACUCAGCGAACUGAAGAACAUGGCUGUUGAUAUGGGAACUGAAAUCGAAAGGCAAAACAAUGGACUUGAUCACCUUCAAGACGAUGUGGACGAGCUCAACUUCAGAGUGAAACAAUCUAACCAACGAGCUCUCCGUUUACUCAGAAAGUAAAACUAGUUAGCUUCUCUAUUCUCUUGAUCGUUUUGUUGCUUAAACUCAUGAAACAAUAGAUUCAAUGUUGUAACCCUGAUCUUAAUAAAAAUUGAAACAUUUGAUUCCGACAA